CAGCUCCUGAGCCCGCUCCCUGACCCUUGCCCCGGCUGCGCCGGGCCCGCAGCGCCACCGGGCUAUCGCGCCAAGCGGGGACCCUAGCGCCAGUGUGCGGCGGCGGCGGCUCCCCCAGGGGACGCGGGGCGGCCGGGGGGUCCGGCUCGGAUGGCGGAGGGGACCCAGCCCCAGCAGCAGCAGCAGCUUCUCCCCGGCGGCGGAGCCCCCCGGGGCGUGAAGCGGGAGCCGGAGCUGGAGCAGCCCAUGCCCGGAGGGGACGGCGCCGAGACCGGCCACAGCAAGCGGCUGAGGACAGAGGCGGAGGCGGGCGGCGGCGGCAUGCAGAAUGAGCCUCUGACCUCAGGUUAUCAUGGAUACCCUGCGAGGGACAAUCAAGGUAACCAGGAGCCAACAGCCACUCCUGAUGCAAUGGUCCAGCCAUUCACCACAAUCCCGUUCCCACCACCCCCACAGAAUGGGAUCCCCACAGAGUAUGGGGUGCCACACACUCAGGACUAUGCAGGCCAGACCAGCGAGCACAAUCUGACACUCUACGGAAGUACGCAGGCGCAUGGAGAGCAGAGCACGAAUACGCCCAGCACGCAGAAUGGAUCUCUUACGACAGAAGGAGGGGCACAGACAGAUGGACAGCAGUCACAGACACAAAGCAGUGAGAAUACCGAGAGCAAGUCCACUCCAAAGCGGCUUCAUGUCUCUAACAUUCCCUUCCGCUUCCGGGAUCCAGAUCUCCGACAGAUGUUUGGGCAGUUCGGCAAAAUCCUUGAUGUAGAGAUAAUCUUUAAUGAGCGUGGCUCCAAGGGAUUCGGGUUCGUAACUUUCGAGAAUAGUGCUGAUGCAGACAGGGCCAGGGAGAAAUUACACGGCACCGUGGUAGAGGGCCGUAAAAUCGAGGUGAAUAAUGCCACAGCGCGAGUGAUGACCAAUAAGAAGAUGGUCACGCCAUAUGCAAAUGGUUGGAAAUUGAGCCCUGUGGUUGGAGCAGUGUACGGCCCCGAGUUAUACGCAGCGUCCAGCUUUCAAGCAGAUGUCUCGCUGGGCAAUGACGCCGCAGUGCCCCUGUCAGGAAGGGGGGGUAUUAACACUUACAUUCCUUUAAUCAUUCCAGGCUUCCCCUACCCAACUGCAGCCACCACAGCAGCUGCGUUCCGGGGAGCACACCUGAGGGGUCGAGGACGAACAGUAUAUGGUGCAGUCCGGGCAGUACCCCCCACGGCCAUCCCUGCCUACCCAGGUGUGGUUUACCAGGACGGAUUUUACGGUGCUGACCUCUAUGGUGGAUAUGCAGCCUACAGAUAUGCACAGCCUGCUACUGCAACAGCAGCCACGGCCGCUGCCGCCGCUGCAGCAGCUUACAGCGAUGGUUAUGGCAGGGUGUACACAGCAGAUCCUUAUCACGCCCUUGCCCCUGCCGCUAGCUACGGAGUUGGCGCUGUGGCGAGUUUAUACCGAGGUGGCUACAGCCGAUUCGCCCCCUACUGAAGUGACGUGAGCCCCUGCAAGUGGGACAGCCCCCCAGUUCAUGAGGCCUGGCUAUUGCAAUAUUUACUAGUAGAGGAACUCUAUAGCAAGAUGAGGAGGAAAAACAAAAAAACAAAAGAGAAAAUACUUUUUUAUACCUCACUAUGUUCUUUGAAUAUGUAUUUUUCCUUUAAAUUUCUGCCUUUAAUUCUUUUGUUCCAAAGAUUGUGCUUUUUUUUUCGUUUGUUUUUUGUUGUUUUUUUUUUUAACUGUGGUAAAAAAUAAUGCAUUUCCGUGUCUAUAUGUUGGUGCAUAGCUUAUCCUACCAAUCACGGAAGAGGCAAUUAAUGAUAAGGAAAGAUGUUAGGAACCAAUAUCAUGCAAUUAAUUGUGGACAAAGUUACUUACCUGGAUCUGGUGCUUGGCACCUGUGGGACAGGAGGAUGUGAGGGAGAGCCUCUUCCUGCUGUGUUUCUGCCCUUUGGAUGGAUGCGUUGAUUGGCUGUGGCUGGAACCCACAUGCUGGUGAGAAAUAGUUGUUUGUAUUUGAAAAGAGGGGAGAUGCAGAGACUUCCAGCAUUUUAUCACCAUCUGGCAUGCACACACUUGGGACGGUUUCGGCAGUGUCGGGACUGUAUAGUUGCCCAGACUUUGCCCAAAGCUUGGGCUAUUAACUGCAGUAGGGGACAAGACUUUGAAAUGAAUUCUUUAUCUCUCUCCCUCCACACACACCUAAUCCUAGUUGAUUGAUGUCCACUACUGGACUGUAAUUGUCUGUCCUUCCUCUGCUUUCUAAGGUCUUUCUCCUUUACUGCCCCUUUUUCCUUUCUUUCCUUGAGGAUUGGGUGGUGUGAUGCUGCAAACUUGGGCAGUAACGGCAGAGCUUGAGGCAAUGGUUGAGAGUGCUUAUGUCUCGGACAUCAAGGAGUGCUUAGAUUUAUCGAGCGUUUGCAGCUUUAUGGGGAAGAAAGCUGGCUGAAGAGCCCUGCAUCAGUGCCACACUGAGCUGCUCUGAGGUUUAGCAUUCAAGGUCCCUCUCUCUAUUCACCAUGAGCCAUGUAGGCAUUGCUGCAAAUAAAUCAUUAAAGUAGUGUGAAGACAAAAAAUGAGUCAUGGAUCAGCUGCAGAGGGACAGGGGAGCGUGUGUGAGGGGAAGAGAGAGUUUUAUUUCAGAACGCUGUUCCUGAAGUGAUUUUGGAUAGCUCAGAUGUCUGGAGGCAGGCAGAAGCCGUUUGUACAAGCUCUGAAGUCAUAGGAAUCUCCCAUCUCCUAGAUCUACUUGAGGCCCUUUAAAUAUUUAAUCUAGAGCCCCAGUGGCCAUUCACCCAGCCUCUCAGUAUCCUGCAAAGAGCACCUGGACUGCUCAGUCCACAUUUACACUACAGACUGUAAGAUUCUAAAGCAGAGAGACUAUUUAGAAGGGCUCCAUGGCUCCCAAGGCCAUCUUCCUUCUGCUCUUGUAACUAGAGUGAUUCUUCUAUUUUAAAAAGCAGGCAUUUUAUAGGUUGCUGCAAGGAGUAGCACUGUGGCAGGGAGUCGUUGCUGUCAACAGCUGAGCUUGAUGUUAGAACUCAGAGGAAUAGUCUCCCCUCCAGUUGUUAGUUAUUGCUAUACUCCCAGCAACUCUUGCAAUCAAAGGCAGAUUCUCUGACGCUUUAUCUAACCCUAGACACUAGAGAAACAGAGAGAGAAGCACAAUUCCAUUUGGCUCCCUUGUCUAGCUGAACUGGUACGGGGGUGACUUUGCACUCCCAGAAGGGCAGUGUGGGGUGUGGAUUUGUAGCUAGAGCCUUUCAACUCCUGCCACCAUACACUUGCUUCUCUGUCAACAGUUGACAUCAGAAUAGGAAACCAGAUGCGUUGAACUUUAAGCAUUGUAAGUGAGCAGGGCUGUCUGGGAGGUGCACUGACCCAGCCAUGCACAACACACAUCUUUGCUCUUCCCCUCAGCACACGUCCUCCCUGUGCCUGGCAGGGAGGAGGUGCCUGAAGUGGGAAGGAUCGGGGAGACAUGAGUUAAGCUAGAGACCCUAAAGCUAUUGAUUCUGUGGAAGAAUAGCUAGAACAAGGGGACACCAAACUGCCAGCCUGUUGGCCACUUUUUUUGUUUUUGUUUGUUUUUGUUUUUGUUUUGUUUUUUCAAGCCAAAGUUUGGUUUGUUGCAGUUAUGACAAUUUUUGUUGUUUGUAUAUAAAUAUUUUAGUUAGAUUGAAAACGGG